UCUUGCCCACUGCGUCACACUCCUUGGAACAUUUUCUCCUUAUGUCUGCUGGGUUCUACUUGUCAUCCCUAACCUCCCGUUUCCAUCUUCGUGUUCGCAGGAGGCCACCCUGCUGGUCAUCACCAUGCGCAGCAGCUCCGCAGCCAAGCAGCAGGUCCGUCCGAGGAGGUGCAGGGGCCAGGGGAUGGACGACCUCUUCUGCAACGGCCAGAUCCACCCCAUCCGCCUCGCCGCCGCGCUGCUCCAGCCGCAGCAGCCCCACAGGGACGCCGUGGCGCCCGGUCCCGGCGCGGUGGCGGCGGAGGAGGCGGCGGCGGCGGCAUCGACACCGUGGCCGCUCCGUGCGCCGGAAGGCGCGGUCCAUGUCCCCGUACGCACGCACUGGAGGAGUUCGCCAGCUCCAGCGCCUCAGGCGUCGGCGCCGGAGAACGAGCCCGCUGCCGACGAGGUGCAGGCGGCCGCGGUGACCCCCGCCACUUCGCGCUCGUCCUCGUCCUCAUCCACCGCGUCCUCCGCGUUGUCGCCGUCGUCCUCGUCCUCCAUGUCGUGACUCGCGACCGGGCCGCGGCGGCAUUGCCCUGCUCUUGGAGCUCCGCCCUGCUCAGUCCAGCGGGGUUGGGACGGAGGGAGGUUAGGGAUGAUGGGUGGACCCCAGCUGUCAUAAGAAAUGGAGGUAGCAGGGAGUAGACUGGUUGGGUCAAAAGGGUCCUUUCAUAUCAUCUGGACACACUGAUUGUCCGACGUGUCAUGCCACGUAUGCAAAAUUGGCAUAAAAUGUAAGCAAUACUCUCUCUCCUACGGUAAAAAUGUAGGGCAAUUUAAAAA